AUGGGUAGCCAGUGGCUACCACAGUGGCGACGGGGCUCGGUAGCCAGUCGGUCGCCAAAGUGUGGCUGCGUCGCUGGCUACCCUCGUUAUUGUAUUGGAGUAGUCAUUGGAGAGAGUAUUGGAGAGUAUUGUAUUGGAGUAGUCAUUGGAGAGUGUGUUGGUGAGUAUUGUAUUGGAGUAGUCAUUGGAGAGAGUAUUGGAGAGUAUUGUAUUGUAGUAGUCAUUGGAGAGUGUGUUGGUGAGUAUUGUAUUGGAGUAGUCAUUGGAGAGAGUAUUGGAGAGUAUUGUAUUCUAGUAGUCAUUGGAGAGUUUGUUGGAGAGUAUUGUAUUGGAGUAGUCAUUGAAAAGAGUAUUGGAGAGUAUUGUAUUGGAGUAGUCAUUGGAGACGGUAUUGUCACAGACAAUAUAAUACUGUAA